UGUCGCCUUGUUUGUUUUUCUUUGUCGCCUUAGGCUACAUUGCAUUAACCUGCAAAUAUUCAAUAAUAGCUAACUGCAGGGAGGUUUUGUGUGUGUGCAGUAGCCGUUCAUGUGUUCUUCACAUCAACAAACUCAGCUUACAGUGCUCAAGAAAAACGCACACAGCUCUUCAUUUAUUUGUCUCGUCCAAGCGAGAAGAGUCGCUCCGCCCCUGGUGUUUUACGUCACUAGACAGUGGUAUCACACAUGGAACUGAUCAGCUGCGCGCACCAGACUAGCGCGCUUUGCUGCGAGUGAACCGCACCGGUGGCACAGCACGGGGACUCGCGCGCACACUCUCACUGUAUUGCUGUCAGUCAAAGACGAUCUACGUGACCUGAUCUGCUGUGGACUUUGAGUAUUUUUUUCUACUUUUCAUAUAUUUUUUAAAAUAAUUCUUAGCGGAGUGCAGCUCGGUGGAGAUGUCUCGACCUGCCCCAAUGAAUCCAACUUUUCUACCUCCAACACACGGAGUGCUGAAAUCUCUUCUGGAAAAUCCGAUGAAACUACCGCUCCGCCAUGAAGGUUUUGAGAAGGAGGAGAAAGCGAAGUCUCUGGAGGAGGAUAGCGCAGCCCCGCAGUCCGCUUUCCUGGGGCCCACUCUAUGGGACAAGACUGUGCCGUACGAUGACGACCACUUCCAGCUCGAGUACAUGGACCUGGAGGAGUUUCUGUCAGAGAACGGAAUCCCGUCGAACCCCGCUUUGCACGAACGGAGCAACCGGCACCAGCACCAGCAGCCCCCGGUCCUGCCGCCGCAGACUUCACCGUCGGUUGUCAACCUCAACCGAGCCACCAGCGCCGCCGCCAUGCCUCCCCACGGCUGCCUCCCCAACACAACGCAGUCAGUGCUGCCGCCUUCACGUAACACCCCCAGCCCCAUUGACCCCGACAGCAUCCACGUUUCCAUGAGCUACCACCCGGACCCGGCAGACCUGGCACUGUCCAGCGUGCCGGGCCAGGAGAUGUUCGACCCGCGCAAGCGCAAGUUUUCCGAGGAGGAGCUCAAGCCUCAGCCCAUGAUCAAGAAGGCUCGCAAAGUGUUCAUCCCCGAAGAGAUGAAAGAUGAAAAGUACUGGGCCCGGCGACGGAAGAACAACCUGGCGGCCAAGCGCUCGCGUGACGCCCGCCGCCUCAAGGAGAACCAGAUCGCUGUGCGCGCCAACUUCCUGGAGAAGGAGAACUCUGCCCUCAGACAGGAAGUGGCCGAGCUCCGGAAGGAAGUGGGGCGUUGUCAGAACGUCAUCGCCAAGUAUGCGGUCCAGCACGGGCCCCUGUGAAAGCCCUUGAGAGACCCCAUCCACCCUUCAUCUCCACACACACACACACACACACACACAAACACACACACACACACACACUGCUGAACUCUGACCUUUCAACCGUGACCCCACAACUCCCCUUCCUCACAGUGUGUUCGGCAGGGCUUUGUAGGAAAUGAUGUGAGAGACCCAAACCCUCCUCUGAUGGUCAGCACGCACUCAGACUGACGGGCACACCAGCACCGCGGCACUCUCGGCAGUCCUCAUCCGCCAGAGAGCAGCACUCACUCUGGGAUCCGCCUGCCUUUGAUCCGGCCCGGACGUGGUCAGCGUCCGGCCCCAAUCCGCUCCUGAACAUGUCUGCUCUGUGCUCUGACCCUUGAGCUGCAAACAGACCACAAGAUCUUUAAAGGUGCCAUGUGUAAAUUACUAGCCACAGCCCGACAGGUGUAUACUCUUUGGUUCAAGUACGCCCACAAGCAGUGUGAGUGCCUGCAUACCGCCUCCCAUUGCCAAAACUGGU